CACCACACCACCUCAAGAUACCCCUACUACAUAUCCGAAAUGUCGCUCUCAAUACCCAGCGCCCCGAACGCUGGGCUUUUCAAGCAAGGCUAUCAGAACUACGACGCCGAAGAUGGAGCAGUCCUCCGCAAUAUCGACGCAUGCCGUACGAUUGCACAGACCGUACAGACCUCGCUGGGCCCCUACGGCCGCAACAAAAUCAUCGUAAACCACCUCCAGAAAAUGAUACUGACGUCGGACGCUGCCACUAUACUGCGUGAGCUAGAGGUGGUCCAUCCCGCCGCGAAACUGGUCGUUAUGGCAAGUCAGCAGCAAGAGGCGGAAAUGGGCGACGCGACAAAUAUGGUUAUUGUCCUGGCGGGCGAGCUGCUGAAAAAGGCGGAGGAGCUGCUAAGGAUGGGGUUGAAGACUAGUGAUAUUGUUCUGGGGUACGAGAAGGCGCAGAAUGCGGCGCUGGAGAUUCUGGAAGAGCUGGUGUGCGACAGAGUCGAGGACAUCCGGUCGCAAGACGAACUUAGCAAGGCGAUUCGCACCGUCGUAGCAGCCAAGCAAUCCGGCAGCGAAGACUUCCUUGCCGACCUCGUCGCCGAAGCUGUUCUGGCAGUCCUCCCCAAGAACCCAGUCAACUUCAAUGUGGACAACGUCCGGGUAGUCAAAAUCAUGGGCGGCGCCCUAGAGCAGAGCAAGGUCGUCAAGGGUAUGGUGUUCGCACGUGAACCAGAAGGCAUCAUCAAGAAGUCAAAAAAGGCCAAGGUUGGCGUCUACUCAUGCCCGAUCGACAUUUCCCAGACCGAGACGAAAGGAACGGUGCUACUACACAACGCAAAAGAGAUGCUGGACUUCACGAAAGGAGAGGAACACCAGAUUGAGGCUAUCAUCAAGGAGCUACACGAUUCUGGUCUCCGCGUCGUCGUCGCUGGCUCAACAGUUGGAGAACUUGCCGCCCACUAUCUCAACCGCUACAACAUCCUCGUCAUCAAGGUCCUCUCGAAAUUCGAACUCCGACGUCUAUGCCGCGUCGUCGGCGCAACACCACUCGCCCGUCUCGGAGCUCCUAUGCCCGACGAAAUGGGCAGCAUCGACGUCGUUGAGACCCUCGAGAUUGGCGGCGACCGGGUAACUGUCUUCAGGCAAGAAAACGAGCAGACGCGGACAGCGACCAUCGUUCUACGGGGAGCUACGCAAAACCACCUCGACGAUGUAGAGCGUGCGAUCGAUGAUGGCGUGAAUGUGGUUAAGGCUAUAACCCGCGACCCGCGCCUCGUCCCCGGUGCCGGCGCCACGGAAAUGCAACUCAUCGAGCGCAUCAAGUCUCUCGCGGACCGCACGCCGGGGCUAUCCCAAUACAGCAUCCGCAAAUACGGUGAAGCCUUCGAGGUAAUCCCACGCACACUCGCCGAAUCCGCCGGUCUGGACGCCACCGAAGUGCUUGCCCGCCUCUACGUCGCACACGCCGCCCAAAAAGGCCGCAAAGACGACGAGUGGACCACCGGCGUGGACAUCGAGAAUGAGGACAAGACUGGUACGCUGGAUGCGAAGGAGGAGGGCAUUCUGGAUCUGUGGGUGAGCAAGAGCUGGGCGAUUAGGCUGGCGACAGAGGCGGCGAGGACGGUGUUGAGCGUCGAUCAAAUUAUUGUGGCAAGGCAGGCCGGAGGACCCAAGAUGCCUGGGAAGGCGCAGCAGGGAAAUUGGGAUGCUGACGAUUAGGUGUAGGCGGUACGGAGAGGGAAUGUUUAUAAUGAUAUGGACCGAAUACCAUAGCUGGACUAGGCUUUCUAAUGAUAACGACUCUGGUCGAAAAGCCUGCACACGCUCGAACC